CAGUGGUGGUUGCCAUUUUUCGCUGUCUGUGGAAGGGGCAUGCCGAAAGCCUGAAAUUUACAUUUUCGGCAAUUUUGUGGACGUUACAGUGAGUUUGAAACCAAAAAUCGUCUAAAUGGCGCUAAAUCCACAAUACGAUGCAAUCGGAAAAGGAUUUGUUCAACAAUAUUAUGCGCUAUUCGACGACCCGGCACAGCGACCAAAUCUGGCAAAUUUGUACAACGUAGAAACAUCUUUUAUGACAUUUGAAGGAGUGCAACUACAAGGUGCUGUUAAAAUUAUGGAAAAAUUAAAUGGCUUGGGAUUCCAAAAAAUCGGCAGGUUUAUCACAUCAAUUGACUCACAGCCUAUGUUUGAUGGUGGUGUUCUAAUCAAUGUUCUUGGCAGGUUGCAAUGUGACGACGACCCACCACACUCUUACAUGCAGACGUUUGUACUAAAAACACUUGGAGACUCCUUCUUCGUUCAGCAUGACAUCUUCCGUCUCUGCAUUCACGACGUCGCCUAAAACCUUGGACUGUCCAUCGCGAAUCAAUGUGAAGAGACUACCACAUUCACUUUUACCAUAACCUGUUUCAAUCCUGAGCGUCCAAUGUAUAAACUUCCAUAGAGAUUCCAUUAACA